ACCUCAGAAAAAGAAGAAUUAUUAAAUAAAACAAUAAAAUGCAAACAUUUCAAGGAUAAUCUUUUGAAAUUGUUUUUAAAAAAAUCUAUUUAGUAAAUAAACAUGAAUAAAAAAUAUUGCAGUAUUUGCCUUGAAUCAAGCCCACACACUACUCGUUUUAAUGAUUCAGAUGAAAAUAAUAUUAAGUGGUUAACAAAAUUGCAAUCUAUUGUUGGAGAUCUGCAAGAAUCAAUCGAUGAGCAUUUAAUUUGCAACAUUUGUACAACACAGAUAGACGAUUUCUUAAGAUUUAAAAAGAAAAUAGAAGAUCUUGUGGAUAGAUUGAAGUACGUAGAAGCGAAAAGUAUUCCAUACGAUGAUGAUAAAAGUUCCAGUCCUUUGGAUGAUUUUAGUGAUGAUGUUAAAGAUUUUGAUGAUAAUUUGAGUAUAAAAAAUGAAGAAAAUAAUAUUGUGCAUACAACUGAACCACUUAAGGACGAACCAACUGAUUUCCCAAAUGCUGAAGGGGAGAAUUUUAUUUGUUUGAUUUGUGAUGAUGAAUUUACUUGUAAAAAAAGUUUUAAAGUGCAUAAAAAAACUUGUAAGGGAAGUCCCAAGGGUACUUAUACGUGUUAUACUUGUAAUAAAACUUAUACCACGAAAACAAAUCUCAAAAUCCAUCACAAAAAAUGUGGAAAAGUGAAUAUUGAAAGUGACAAAACAGACAAAAACACUAAGAAAAAAGGUAGGAAAUCUACCAGAAGUUACACUUGUGAAACAUGUAAUAACAUAUUUCAUUUAGUUAAAGAUUUAAUAGCACAUUGUAAAACAGUGCAUUCAGUGGAAGCAGUUUGUGUGAAACCAUAUGCUUGCAAUCAGUGUACACAAAGAUUCAGAACUUAUGCGGGUUAUGACCAACAUCUGAAAUAUCAUAGUAGAAACAGAGACAACGUUUGUAGCUUGUGUGGUAAAAGAUUCAUCACAAAAAGUGAAUUAAUAGUACAUGAAUAUACUCAUUUUAAUAGAAGAAAUUAUAUAUGUAAAAUUUGCGACAAAGCAUACAAUACCAACAAAAAUUUAAAGACACACAAUCUAGUUGUACAUACAGAUCGAUCUCUUUGGAAAUACGCUUGUGCAAUCUGUGGCAAGAGAUUUCCACAAAAAGGAAACUAUGAUCAACACAUGAAGAGGCAUGCUGGUGAUAAGCAGCAUAUCUGUCACAUAUGUCAAAAACCAUUUAUAACUAGCAGCGAGUUGAAAAGACAUGUAAAUUUACACUCAAAUGUGAAAGCUUUUACUUGCGAGUAUUGUCAACGAGAAUACAAGACACUUAGAACUUUGAAUGCUCAUGUUAGAAGAUCACAUACCAUUGGCGAGAAACCUCAGGAAAAGGAAAAGAAAUAUGUAUGUCACAUUUGUCCCAGCCAAUUUUAUGAUAAACAAAAGUUAUCCAGGCAUUUGUAUUGUCAUUCUGGUAUCAAACCUUUUCCUUGUACUGCUUGUGAUAAAAAAUUUACUGACAAAUGCUACAUGAAACAUCACAUGAAAGUUGCACAUAAUAUAGUGGAUGUUUCAAAUGAAGUUAAAUAUAGGGUUGAAGAUGAUUCAAAAUAUGAAGUUCCGAGUCACAUAAAAUUCGAAUUUGAAAUUAAAUAAUCAUUUCAACUUUUAUGUAUAUAGGAGAUAAUUUAUUCUUUUUUAUUUUUAGUAUUUUACACUGUAUACAUGUUGUUUCGAAUGUACAAAAAUGUUUUUUUUAUUAUAAUAAAAAAUAAUAUACUCAAUAAA